AUGAAACUGGAAAAUGGAUGCCUGUCUGGGCUGCCUGAGAACCCAGUCACCCAUCCUGCAGAAAUACAGGCCCGGGAAGCUGCCAACGUGAACAAUCCCAGCCGCACCACCACCCGCUGGCUGGCCACAGGGAAGUUGGGGAACGUCUGUGCCCUUGGGUGUGAAAUGGAUAGGAUGAGAAUAUACACUGAACACGGUGGGCGUAAAGACUACAACUUUGUGAGAGUCUGGGACCAUGUACAUUUAUUUCCCCAUGUGUUCUGGUUUCAGGAUGAAUUGAAAGAGUUGUUAAGGGUUGCUGGGAGCAAGCUGGUGGUGGUGGAGUUCUCAGCAGCGUGGUGUGGCCCCUGUAAAAGGGUUGGCCCUAUUUUCCAGGCGAUGUCUUUAAAAUACCAAAACGUCAUGUUUGCUAAUGUGGACGUGGACUCCUCUAAGGAAUUGACUCAACUCUGUCACAUCAAAGCAGUACCCACAUUUCAGAUGUUCAAGCACACCCAAAAGGUCACUCUAUUCUCAAGACUCAAAAGAACAUUGUGCUGUCUCAGAAGUGGAAUGGAGGAUGGGAAGAUUUUUGAACUUCAUGGAGCGGAUGUUAAAAAACUGGAAGAGAAGAUUCAAGAGCUGAUGUGAGCCGCCACCCAAAACCAAAUAUACCUGGGACAUUUUCUAAAGUGUCA